AUGGAGAGCGAAGGAGGUGCACCUCCGAAGAACAACAUGGUAGUGAGCCUGUUGCUGGCAAUUUGGCACACUCUGUGGGAGGUCUGGCUGGAGCCAUUCCUUACGUUUACGCAUUUGUACGAUCCCGCAGACCUUACCUAUGGACGCUCCCAAAUUCCGUUCAGCAAGAUGGAGUUGCGUCUACACAACAACCCUGACGUGACAGUGUCGUUCUACAAAGCCAUGAUGCCCAAUGGCAAGGACUUUGUCUGGUACCAGGUGUGGGAAGACAAGCUUGCGAUGCGCUCAACGGGACGUGUUGCAGACAUGGUGUUCUGCCAUGGCACCGGUGUGCAUUCAGGCACGCUCGCUAGUCACUCGCGUCGUUACCUGGAUGCAGGCUACCGACUGAUUGUGCCUGACCUUCCAUCGCACGGAUACUCGACGGGUCUCCAUGUGUACCAAGCUGAAAUGCGUGGCUAUACAGAUGGUGUUCGCCAGGUGAUCCAUGAUGUAGCACGUCGCGACGACGAGCUGCAAGGUUCCAAGACACUGAAGCAAAACCGACGCAAGACCUUCCUUCUGGGUUUGUCGUUCGGUGGUAUGGUCGCCUGUCUGUACCCUAUUUACUACCCACACUCGCUGCGUUCCGACACAGAGGACAUGGACGAGAUCCCUGUGGAUGGUGUGGUAGCUGUGGGCCCGAUCAUCGAUUACAACCCGAAGGAUGUUAAGAUUGGUCCGCUAGUGCGUUUGGUGAGUACGAUUAUUCGUGUGUUUAAGGCGGCACGUCUUGAGCUGUAUGUGCCGCAUAAGAAGGUGGUCGACAAGGACCCGAAAGUGUACAAGCAGCUGGUUGACCAGGAUAUGCGUAGCCAUCGCGGCUCAUUCCGUGUGGGUCACUUGUUCUGCCUUCGUGGCGGUAUUGCCGACUGCCAGGAUUAUGCGUACAAGUUCAAGACGCCCGUGUAUAUCCAGCAUGGUCUUCACGACCGUGUGGUGUCCGUUAACUCGUCUGUGAUGUGGCUGGGCAAGGUGCACUCGGACGAUAUCAAGAUGACUGUGUACCCUGCGAGCCAGCACAUUAUCUACCGCAAGGCCAAGUCGGAGGUAGAGGACCAGGCGGGCCGUGUGUGUGUGAUUGAAGACAAUGUGGCGUGGAUGAAUGAGCGAUGCCCUGGUUCAGGCCACAUUGAGCGUGGUAUGUCGUUCUCGUCCGACUACAACGCGGACGGUAUGCGUCGCUCCACGUCCUUCUCCCUUUCGUCGGGUCUCGUUACACCUAGCGAGCUUGCGCUCGGUACGGUGUCCGAGAACUCGGAGCACAUGGUAGCCAACACGAUCCAGACACUUACCGACAAGCUCGGUACGAUUGGCCAGGAAGGCGCUGCCAGCACGGCACUGCAGGAAUCGGUGUCGGAAGCUGCGCUGACGCAACGCAGCAGCGUUUCAAAAGAUUCGCCCAAGAAACCAACUCCUGUCGCUUCGAUGAACAAGACCAAUGUGAAUGACCGCAUCUAUCGUGAAAGCUGGACCCUUCCAGAGGACCUGUGUCCCUAUGACAUUGUCAUCCGCCAUGUGGAAUAA